AUGGCAACUUGUACAUUUUUGUAUUAUGCCUGGCUUGGUUGGAUAUGCUACAAAAAGGUGUGUUAUGAUGGGCUGGGAUGUUUUGAGAACAAACCGCCAUUCCACAACGCAAACUUCGAAGUCCCUCAAUCUCCGAAUGAACAACAGGUUUCAUUUUUGCUGUACACAGUAAAUAAUAACGAUAACUCAGAAGACAUUACAGCAAAUGCUACGGAAAUUGAACUAUCCGAAUACUACGUUGCUAGUAAAAGGACUAUUUUCAUAAUACAUGGGUACCUUGGAAGUCCACAAGAUGAAUGGAUAAUAUCCGCUAAAGACGCAAUACUUUCAGUGGAAGAUACUAACGUUAUUGUAGUCGACUGGGAAAAAGGAGCGAACAAUAUAAUUAACUAUUACCAGGCUGCAGCCAAUACUCGAGUAGUAGGUGCCCUAACUGCUCAGCUGAUGACGUCACUUCAUACGUCAACUAGUGCUAAUUAUAGCAAUAUGUAUAUAGUGGGAUACAGUUUGGGUGCACAUGUUGCUGGCUACGCAGGAGAAAGGAUACCUUCCCUCGGGAGAAUUACAGGCUUAGACCCGGCUCAUAAGGCAUUCACCAAAGACAAACCCAAAGUAAGGUUAGACGCCACUGAUGCCCUAUAUGUGGAUGUAAUUCACACCGAUACAAAGCAAUGGAUCUGGGGGUUUGGAAUUCAAGACUCAAUUGGACAUGCGGACUACUUUCCGAACGGAGGUCGGAACCAGCCUGGUUGCGACUCUUUCUGGUCUUUCCUGAGACAAAGUAUGUAAAUAAAUUUACAACAUCUUUCGAUAUCAUAAUUGUUACAGUCUGCAACAAGUAAGAUUUGCGAUUCAGGUGUUUAGAAUGUCAUGUCAA